AUGGAAAAGACAACAAAGAGAUCAAGAGGAUCAGUAACAAUGUUACUGGAUAGUCGUUACAACAACAAACAAAAGGAAAAAGAAAUAAAAUUAUUUGAAAAUAUCAAAACAGACAUCAGCUUAAUUAUCAGCGAGCAGCUGAAAAAGCGAUCAAAAACAGAAUUCGAAUUGAAUAAUAUAAAAAAAAAAUUCUCAUACUUAAAAUGCAUGUCAGAAGAAUUGGAAAGACAAAUAAAGGAAGGGAGCAGGGAGUUAAAAAUGGAUGAAGAGUUAAUUAAAAAUUACUUUGAAUACACAACGACCAAUCUGAGUUAUGUUUUUAUUAAAUACGAAAAUAUCAUUAAUGAUUUGAGUGAUCAGAAUGGAUACAUGAAUGUGAAGUUAAAAAGUAUAAAAGAAAAUGAGUUAUCAGAUUUCGAGAGAGCAUACGAAUUGCUUCUGGAGAGAACUGUUCAACUUAGCGCCACAAAGGAAAAUAUCAUAAGUAUGAAAAAAGGAGUGGAAAGUUUGAAAAAGGAAUAUGACCGUGUUCAGGCAGAUAUAGAGAUAAAUGGUGAAGAAAAAAAUCAAGUAGAAAAUAAAUACAAGGAACUACUUUCCAGGAUAGAAGAAUAUAAAAAAGAAUUCGAAAUGAUAAAGGAAAAAUGUAACUCCCAAAUGAAUGAAAAGAAACAGAGUUCAAUUGAUUUAAACAAAAUUGAGGAGCAAAUAGAAGAAAUGCAAAAGGAAAUUUCCAAUCUGUCCAAUGAAAGGAAUAUAAGAAAUGACGAAUUACAAAGUUUAAGGGAUCAGCACGACAUCAUCCUAAAUGAUUUAUAUCGGUGUAAUUCCCAUAUGAAUGAUAAGUGCGAGUUGCUAUCUGAGCAGAUAAACCAGUUAGAAAAUGAAGUAAACGCCAUGGAGGUAGAGAAAAAUGGACUCAACGAAAGUUACAACCAGUUGGAGAUAGGUCUGACUAAUGUAUCCAACUCCUGUGAAGAAAGCAAAAGAGAAAACGAGAAGGAAUCUCUUCUUAUCAAAGAAUUAAGUGAUGAAUUAAUCAAGAAAAAAACAAAUUUGAAACAGACUCAGGAAGAAAUUUCACAGAUAAGUGACCAAUGCAGUAUGAUUAAAAAUGAAUAUACAAAGCUACAAGAAAAUUACGACGAUGUCCACAGAAGGAUGGAGGCGUUAGGAAUAUCCAUGAAUCAAUGUCGUGCUACACUGCAGGGACACGAAAUCGAAUUGGAACACUUAGCGAAUGUUAAGUUGGAAAAUGAAAAGAGGAAGGAAGAAAUUCUACACCUUAUGGAGAAUUCAGAAAAGUUACUCCUUGAGCAAAAAAAUUUUUUUUUCAAAUUGUCAAAACUUUUGCAGCUAGUAAAUUUGUCCAACGAACAGCUAGCCAACUUAAAGCGCGAGACGGAAGAUGGACCAGAUAACAAUGAUGUGAAGAGGACCUACGAUGAAUUAAAAACACGCUUAACCAAGUUGUCCACUGAUCUAUACGAAAAAAAUGAGAUACAGAACUCGCUCCAAAAGGAGAUAGACGAUAUUGCUAAGAGGGUUACCGAAGGGGAGGAAGAAAUUACGACUCUGGAAAAUGAGCAGGCAGAUUUGCAGAAUCGACUAGAGAUGGUCACGCGUGAAGUAGACACUCUUAAUCUAGAAGUGAUGAAACAAGAUGGAACUUGGGAAGCUAAAAUAAAGGAGACGAAAUGUGUGCUCACACAAAAGUAUGAUCAGUUGGUUGAAUCAAUCGCUUCACAGAUUAAGAACAAGCAGAAUGAACAUAACAGUUUUGUUAAGCAAGGGGAACUGGAAAAACUCGAAUUCGAUUUUCAGUUGUUUCAUUCUGAGCUGACGGCCACCCUCGAGCAGGAAUGCGAAAGGAAGAGGCGACAGAUAGCAGAGAAGGAUGCGCAGCUAAAGGCAUAUCAGGAGAGGUACACCUCGUUGAAAGGAAUCUGA